UGCGCUUCACAAACGAAUUAAGUCAACGAACGUUCGAGUCUUCCCCAGAAUGAACACUCUCGCACUUGUCGUGGACCAAUCAGAACCGGGAGAUCGAUGUCGACCUUUUAGUCUUUGACGCAGAGCCGGAGCCAUGGAGGCCGUUGACUGACCCAAUCGGACCUGACAGUGGAGGUCGCCGGGAAGAAUUUGGUUGCAGAGAAGAAUUUGAAGCGACAGACAUCUUCUUUCAAACUCUCGAACGUUUUCCACUGAUUCCAGAUGUUUCGAACCCUUUCUGUUGACGAUUCGCGUGGCCUGAUUUUUUCCCUAUUUUUCUUCAACCAUCGCAAAAGAAUCGGCGACUCUAUACGAGCCUACGCGUUUACGAGCUUACUCGGCGAUUCAACCGUUCCUAAAUAUUUUACGAUUUUCACUAGGAACGGGAUCGCAGGUUGGGUUGUGAAGCGUAAACUCGUACGAGCCUAUGAGUUGACUCGCGAUUUUGACUACCAUGGGUGUUGAUAAUGUGUUACUCCAUUGUUUUUUUCAUUAGCGAUAUCUGAAAAUGAAACUUUGUUGAACCAUCUCUGUUCCUGCCAUAGAGGUAGGGAUUCUGGUAUCCUUUUUUCCACGUAUAUUUGUUUAAGAAAUUAGUAUGUUUUGAUUUUAUUUAUUUUAUUUAUAGUGGCUUACAUAAAUGUCACUGAAUAUCAUUUUUUGUUAACAUGUUUGUACAUUAUAGUGUCCUAUGGUUUCCUGAUAAAAUGAUAACUAAUAACAGAAUAUCCUUACAUAUGCUCAUUUCAUGUUUUUUUGAAAGGAAAAAGCUUAUACUAGAAAAUAAGAAACAACCAGUGUUACAGUAAAAGUUUACCAGUCCCCACAAUAGGCCUACUGCCUACAAUUAGAUAUAGAAUCAACCAACCCUGUAGGUGCAACUCGAAUCACUAACAAUAUACCGAGCUUCCCAAAACUUAGUUUGACCUUAACAGUCCCCAAGCUCCUAACCUUACUAGAAAUUUUAAAACACUCAGAAAAAGUUCACACCAUCUCCCAAAGCUAAACAGCAACAAACUAAAGUAAAAAACCAAAUAGUACAACUUGAAAAUUUUAAACGAAAAAAAUAAAAUAACUUCGAGUAAGCAGCAAUGAUCCACAAACCACUCUAGUGUUAAUGGCAUUGACAAGGGAGAAGUAUAACACAUGUCAACUUGGCAUGUGUCCUACCGAAGAGGAGACCCUUUUGAGCAUCAUCUUCCUCUUAUAACAUGGUGGCGGUUCAGGGGGGGUGAGUCCCCUGAUGUCAAAAUCACAUAUAAGUGGUAGAACAAGCCUUGCCAACCAUCACCAGCAAAACUCAACUGCAUGAUCAGCUCCGCCUUCAAGGAAUAAACAACCUAUGGACAAUGCUAGGAAGGACCACCACAAGAUAUCUUUCAUCGGGUUUGAGAGAAGAGAAGAGAAGAAGAGCAGAUAGGGUUUUGCCUAGUCACUGCUCCUCGCAGUCCGAACGCUUUUGUGUGUGUGCACGAUAUCUAGCUAUGAUAUUAUAUUAUAUAACAGUGAUAAUCACGGGAUUAACUGAUGAAGUGUAACCCCCUCAUUUGUCAUUUUGUGAUGAGUUAUCCAACAAAAGUAUAAAUUUGUCCUAGUUUUUACCUUUCUAAUUUCAUGUUUUGCUGUUUUUUCAACUUUUUUCCAUCUUUUUCUCUCCCCUGCUCUCAUCAGUUGAACUCAAAAUCACAUUGUACUGAGCCUUCUGUUUUUUAUUUCCAUUUAUAUUCUUGGCAGAGUUCAGAAAGAGGAAACUUUAAGAUUUCGUGGUGCCAAGACCUCUGAAGCCAGUGAACUGGAGAAGGAAAUAACAGCUGAGAUUUCAGCACUAGAGAAACAGAGAGAUGAACUUGAAGCUCAAUUGAAACAGGUGAAUAUCUCCUUGGCUGCAGCUAAUGGGCGCCUUCACAACGUUAGAGAAGAGAGAGACCAGUUUUAUGAUGCUAAUGACCAGAUUGUUGCACAUUUGAAAACUAAGGAAGAUGAGCUUUCAAAGACCAUUAGCUCAUGUAGAGUGGAAGCAGAUGUUCUUAGCGCAUGGAUCAAUUUUUUGGAAGAUACAUGGGCUCUUCAAUGCUCUUAUAUGGAUAUUAAAGACAAGUUGGAAAAUGAUGAACUGGAACGGCAUGAAGACUAUUUUUUGAAGUUGGUCAUUGAACUCCUUUCUGCUUAUGAGAGAGAAUUAAAGCCAGAUAUUGAUCGGAUUGCGAAGUAUGUGGAGAAUUUGAGGAGUUUUGACAAAGGCUCAGUGGUUGCAUCUGAUGUGGAGCAUGAUGAUUCUAACACAAUUAACCCGAGAAAUAAUCUUGAGGAGGAAUACCUUGAAUAUGAAGCCAAGAUUAUAACCACCUUCAGUGUGGUGGAUAACAUGAAGGAGCAGUACUAUUCCCACCAAGAAAAAAUCUCCAGGAAAGAUGAUUCAGUGGUGAAGGAACUUCUUGAAAAAAUUGAAAAGUUGAGAGCGGAAUUUGAUUCAAUUGAGAGACCAAAUCUUGAAAUGGAGACACCAGGACCAUCUGGCGAAAGGCCAAAAGAAAGCGCGACAAAUCCUGGGACUGAAAUUGCUGAAAAAGAGCAAAGUGAAGGACCAGCAAUUGAAGAUCAGAAGAAAGAACCAUCAGCUCCCAAGUCUGAGGAGAUUCGAGAUCAUAAUGUGGAAUUGGCUGAAUUGGAGGCUGAAUUGGGUCAGGUCAAUAGGGAGAGCCACUCAAAUGAACAAUUGGCAGAAGAGGUUGGUGACUGGGAAUUUGAAGAACUAGAAAGAGAGUUAAGAAAUGAGGAAUCUGCAUCCCACAAAUAGAAGUCUCACAAUUCAAACGACUUUUUUAUACAAACUCAAACGAACAAUUGGCAGUUAUUACAAUGCUUGUUGGGAUAAAUGACAUUCUUAGGCCCACGGUUAUUGAAAACAGUUGGCCUGGGAAUUGCUUCUUUGUAUUCUAAAAUGCAUUAACGCUUCUUAAAUUCGAAUGUAAAUACUCAAAUUUACAGUAAUUUCUCUUAGAUAUAGAAAUGUUUAAUUACCAAAUUUCAUGUUCAGCUAUGUUGAUAAAUUGGUAACUGUUGUUUCCUUAUAU